UGCAGUUUGCCCUGUGUUCUGCACCCGGGGAGGGUUUUGGGGGUGUCUUGAGUGUAACAAUUCUCUGCUCCUCUCUGCCGUAGAGGUCGGGACGGUUUGCAGCCAUGGAAGCCUUCAAGUCUCAGAAUAACCUGAAGAACAAGGAGAAACCUGACGUAGGGGCAGCUUCUGUCACUAUUCCAGCCUCUCCCUUUAUGCAAAAGCUUGGAUACGGCACUGGGGUGAACGUCUACUUGAUGAAAAGAUCUCCCAAAGGUUCAUCUCAUUCCCCGUGGGCUGUGAAGAAAAUUAAUCCCAAAUGCAAUAAGACCCAGCAAAACAUCUAUCAGAAGAGACUGCAUGAAGAAGCCAAGAUCUUGAAAAACCUCCAGCACCCAAACAUUGUGGGUUACCGUGCAUUUACCGAGGCCCAUGAUGGAAGCAUGUGUCUUGCCAUGGAGUACGGAGGAGAAAAAUCUCUCAAUGACUUAAUUGAAGAAAGAAAUUCAGAACAUUUGGGCCCUUUCCCUGCUGCUACAAUUUUCAAAGUUGCCUUGAGCAUGGCAAGGGGGCUGAAGUAUCUUCACAAUGAUAAGAAACUGCUCCACGGAGAUAUCAAGUCUUCAAAUGUGGUGGUUAAAGGUGACUUCGAAGCCAUAAAGAUCUGUGAUGUGGGAGUGUCCCUGCCCCUGGAUGAAAACAUGACUGUGAGCGACCCGGAGGCAUGCUACAUCGGCACCGAGCCCUGGAAGCCCAAGGAAGCUCUGCAAGAGGACGGCGUCAUCACCGAUAAGGCCGACAUCUUUGCUUUUGGGCUGACUCUCUGGGAAAUGAUGACCCUCUCUGUGCCCCAUCUCAACCUGGGAGGUGACAGUGAUGAUGAAGAUGACUCUUUUGAUGAAGAUGACUUCGAUGAUGAUGCAUAUUAUGCAGCUCUGGGAACCAGGCCAGCCCUGAACAUGGAGGAGCUGGACCAGUCGUACCAGCGAAUGAUCGAACUGUUUUCCAUCUGCACCAGCGAGGAGCCACAGAAGCGCCCCUCUGCGGCUCACAUCGUGGAAGUCUUGGAGACAGCUCUGCCCUGGGAGUGAGUGCCCUGCCUCCAGCACGCGGCAGCAGGUUCAGGAGCGCUUUUUGUGUGCCCCACCAUGCACAGGUGCGUGUCCAGUGCACUUGAGUCGUGGUAGGUGUUGCUGAGUACUGCAGGGCCAGCUUCAGACAGAGGAGGAAAGCUAUCCCUGUAGUACGUAUCUUUAUAGUAUGUGAAACCUGUUCUGUGUAUUUCAAAACAGAUGCUGAUUUCUUUAAGAUUAGAGAACCCCUGGUUUAGCACUACGUUUUAAGGAUAGGCCUGAGGUGACUGGGACUUGAAGUCCCCCUCCCGCCUGCACUUAGGUCCUUAACUGCCCCCCCACACACUCCCUGUGCAGUGCCCCGUUGGUAGGUGCUUUUAACUGUCACAUUACCAUUGUAAAUAGAGUAACUUCCCCUGUAUGUGUUUGUCUGUUAGUUCAGUCCUGUUGCUCUGUUGUUUUUUGUGACUAAAACUUCUCA